UUGACUCUAUUUGGAGUUGUGUCGAUUGCAGAAGAAGACAGUUUUGUAUUUAUUUAUUUAUUUAUUUAUUCCCCUUCCCUUGGUUCUUUUCAACUUGUACUCACACCAGGACUCGUUGGCAGGCUCCGUCCUCACAGAGAGUCCGCACCAGGAUGGGUGCUCUCCCGGCGCAAAGGAUAUUAUUGGUGUUGAUCUUUACUGGAAUAACAGGAGUUUGCGGUUCAAACGUCUGCACGUCCAGGGGGGCCAGCACAUGCAAAGAGUGUCUGGCUGUGCACCCCAGCUGUGCGUGGUGUUUCCAAGAGAACUUUGGUCAGGGGGUUGCCAGUUCUUCCCGCUGUGAUCUGAAGACAAACCUGGUGACAGCAGGCUGUGCUGCAUCAGUUCUGGAGUCGCCAACAAGCAAACUGCAGGUGAUUGAGGAUCGGCCCCUCAGCAACAAGGCAGCUGGGGCCACGCAAGACGUCACUCAGAUCAAGCCCCAGAAGCUACACAUCACCCUCAGGCCAAAUGAUGCUAAGCGCUUCACAGUGAAGGUGCGCCAGGUAGAGGACUACCCUGUGGAUCUCUACUACCUCAUGGAUCUCUCCUACUCCAUGAAUGAUGACCUCUUCCGCCUGAGGACACUGGGCAAAGGACUGGCCGAGGCCAUGAACCGCACCACCAGUAACCUCCGCAUGGGCUUUGGGGCUUUUGUGGACAAGCCGCUCUCGCCCUACAUGUACAUUUCCCCCGAGGAGGCUGUGAAGAACCCCUGCUACAGCAUCAACACCACUUGCCUGCCCCAGUUUGGCUACAAACACGUUCUGUCUCUGACGGAGGAGGUGGGUCGCUUCACAGAGGAAGUGAAGAAGCAGAUAGUGUCCAGGAACAGAGAUGCCCCGGAGGGAGGCUUUGAUGCCAUCAUCCAGGCUGCUGUGUGCAAGGAGCAGAUUGGUUGGCGUCCCGGUGCAUCCCACCUUCUGAUCUUCACCUCGGAUGCGAAGACUCACGUGGCUCUGGAUGGUCGUCUGGCUGGAAUCGUACAGCCCAACGAUGGGCAGUGUCACCUCAACUCUGACAACAUGUACAGCAUGUCUACCAUCAUGGAUUACCCAUCUUUGGCUCUGAUCACAGAGAAGAUGUCAGAGAACAACAUCAAUCUCAUCUUUGCCGUCACCAACCCUGUGGUUCCUCUGUACCAGAACUACAGUGAGCUGAUUCCUGGCACCACCGUAGGAACACUGUCCAAUGACUCGGGCAAUGUUAUCCAGCUUAUACGAAAUGCCUACGAUAAAAUCCGUUCCAAGGUGGAACUGGAGCUUCAAGGUGUCCCGGAGGAGCUGUCCUUGUCCUUCAACGCCACCUGCCUGAAUGGAGAGAUAAUCCCUGGUCUCAAAUCCUGCUCUGGGCUCAAGAUAGGUGACACGGUCUCUUUCAGCGUGGAGGCCAGAGCUCGCGGGUGCCCCAAACAAAAGAGAAAAAACUUCAUCAUUAAACCCGUGGGCUUCAAGGACGCCCUCAACAUCACUGUCACCUUCGAGUGUGACUGCAAGUGCCAGAGCAAAGCCCAGCCAAACAGCCCCAAAUGUAACAAUGGCGACGGCACCUAUGAGUGUGGCAUCUGCUUGUGCCACCCAGGUCGCUUAGGGCCAAACUGCGAGUGUGCAGAGGGUGACUAUGACCCCACGGAGCAGGACCGUUGCAGUGGACCUCAGUCUACCAUCUGCAGCGGCCGUGGAGACUGUGUGUGUGGCCAGUGUGUGUGCCACAGCAGUGACUUUGGAAAGGUCUGGGGAAAGCUGUGUGAGUGUGAUGACUUCAACUGCCUGCGGUACAAGGGGGAACUGUGCUCAGGCCAUGGCGUCUGUAACUGUGGCUUCUGCCAGUGUGCACCAGACUGGCAGGGUGACAACUGUAACUGCUCCAGGCGUACUGACACCUGUAUGUCCAACCUGGGCUUGUUGUGCAGCGGCAGGGGCCAGUGUGUGUGUGGGGCCUGUGAGUGCACCCAGCCAGGUGCCUAUGGGGCCACAUGUGACAAAUGCCCCACCUGCCCUGAUGCCUGCACUAUGAAGAAGGAGUGUGUGGAGUGUAAGCACUUCAAGAGAGGCAGACUGUUUGAGGACAACACCUGCUCUCGAAUCUGCAAGGAUGAGAUUGUGCUUAAAGAUGAAUUAGUCCUCCAUGACACGAAUGCUGUGAACUGCACAUACAAAGAUGAGAAUGAUUGUGUAGUGCGUUUCCAGUACUAUGAGGACGCCAGUGGCAAGUCCAUCUUGUAUGUCAUUAAAGAGCCAGACUGCCCCAAGGGUCCAGACAUUUUGGUGGUGCUUCUGUCAGUGGCAGGAGCGAUCUUGUUCCUCGGCUUGGCGGCUCUGCUCAUCUGGAAACUGUUGAUCACCAUCCAUGACAGACGGGAGUUUGCCAAGUUUGAAGAAGAACGCGCACGUGCCAAGUGGGACACGGGACACAAUCCUCUCUACAAAGGAGCCACGUCUACCUUCACAAACAUCACAUACAGAGGAAAAGACUGAUGCUGCUGAAAGAGGAUGAAGAGUAUAGGAUGAAAUAAUGGACUUUUACUGUUCUUUGCGGGAAGGCAUCGAAUUAUGUGCAGGCCUCUACUGUCACAAGACGAUAAUUAAUAAUUAUAUGUGAUUGUAAAUAUGUAGAAAUGAUUCUGAACACACUUUUAUCAGGGACUUGUCAUAAACACCCAUGUAUGCUACACUGAUAAAUACAAUACUGUUUUGAUUUUGUGUGAUUGACAAAGAACUCUUGUGUUGUGCAGGUUUAUCCAAAUCACAAAAAACAUAUUUACAGUACAUACUUAACCCCAACCCACAGUGUCCAGUCAUGUUAUUUAUAUUUUAUUUGCCCAUAUAUUGAGACAUCGGCGGAGCUCUGACGCUUUUCAUUUCUGUUUUCUUUACCUCUGAUGGAAAAUAGUAUCGAAAGAAAAUUACUGGCAGCAAAAUCUGUAGAUUACUCUGAAUACCUGCUUCAGAGGCAGAAAAAACCAAAAGUAUCCACGUGACUGGAUAUCAAGUUGAAGAAUAUAAAACCAUGUAAUGUGGGUGAUCUAAUUCUUGAAGUCAGAAGAAGGAGAAACAGGCAGAUAAUGUUACAAAAGAAAUUCAUUUCCUAUUCACAAUAUUGGGAUUUCCUGUUUGUGGUACUCACUGGGACUAUGGCAAGAUAAACUGUCUGUAACUCAGUCAAGUAAACUGCUAGAGAUAGCAUGUGGUUUGGACUAAACUGUUCUUGUUUCUUGUGCAGUGUUUUCCGCCAUGUGGACAGUUUUUCUGAUGUUUUAUUUUCCCUGGAAUAUGACAAAUAAAAUGUCACAUUUUAAAUUUAGAUUAUGACAAAUAAAAUGUCAUAUUUUAGUUACUGUUUCCACUGAGGUGGAUUUAGGAACAACGAAAGAGUGUGUAGUUUUGAGGCAUUUUGGGUUUUUAAUUUUUUAAUUUGAGAUUUAUUUCACAGUGUUUGAUUAAAGAUACGAGAUCUCGAGACAUUUGAUUACAAAUUAUGUUGAUUGACACUUUAGAAAGUAUUACUAGUUCUUGAUAUAAUAAGCAAAUGUGAAACUAAUGAAUAUGAUGUUCUCGAAGGUACAAGGUGACUCAUUUCUGCUGUAUUUUUGUGUUUAAUGUUGAAAACUUUUUUUUGAGAACUUCAACUGAAACUCCAUUUUACUAAGAAAUACACCUUGAUAGACAAC